AAUGAAAAAAAUUUCUUUAGAUCGUCAAGCAAUUUAAAACUUAUUUGCAAAUAUUGACAAUCAAUUUAAAAUAUAGCUCUUUUCCACCAACUGUUUUUCCUUACAAUAUAUUCCAACAUCAGAUGAAUUAAAUACUCUUUUUAACACUAUUGAAAAAAGUAAUUUCGCCAAAAAAGGAGCAUGGACCCCUAUCCAAGACAAAUUAUUAAAUAUCCUAGUGUUUGGAACAUGUUUAUCGAACCAUAUACUUCCUCAUGAUUUAGUAUAAUACAUUCACAUAUUAUAGAUAAUAUAAGAUUGGGAAAGAAUAUCUAGAUUGGUAAUACAUCAUAAUUGGAAGGCCUGUAGAAACAGGUGGCUUUUGGAAAAGUAAGCUAAAGCAAGUUGGACUUUUGAGGAAGACUAAGCCCUUAUCUAAUUAUAUAAUUAACAUCCAAAUAAAUGGUGUGAUAUAGCGAUUGAAUUGAUGAAGAAAUGCCAAACACCAUAUGCCAGGUAAGGAAAAUAAUGUCGAGAUAGAUGGGUUAAUAAAUUAGAUCCUAAUAUUAAAAAGUAAAUUAUUUGAGUAUGAUUAAGGGACCCUUGGAGUAAAGAAGAAGAGUUAAUGUUAUUUUCAGAAGUAAAGAAAAAGGGAAAGAGAUGGGCAGAAAUUUCAUUUUAAAUAUUUUAAUUAAGAAGAACCGAAAAUACAAUAAAAAACAGAUAUUAUAAUAUGAUCAAGUAGGAAUAAAAUAAAAUAAAAUUGGGCAAAAUGAGUAAUGAUGAAAAGGAAUAUUAUGUGAUGAAUAAAAUAAUUAAGGAACUUUAAGAGAAAUUGUGUUAGAAUUAACAUAAUUGCCUUGAUGAAACUAAUUAGAAACAAAAAAUUAAUUAAAAUUAUAAAAUUUCUUAGUUUUCGUAACAACUUAGUAAUAUCGAAUGUCUUGUAAUGUUAAAAGGAAGGAAAUUAAUUAAGCUUAAUUGA